UUUCUCAUUAACUGUCAUUUCUCAUCUCUCUCCUCUCUGACAGCUGCAGUCUGGACUUCACAGCAUGGAAGAGUUGCAGCAGGAUGUUUCCACCAAAGUCAUUGAGAAACAGUGCCUCUCCUCCUCCUGUGUGGGUAUUUCUCCGUCUGAACACACACACAGGUACAUCAGCUGGUGUGUGGAUUCUGCAGAGACACACACACCUGAAGAUACACCUGUGACACAAACAGGAGAUUCUUCACACGUUCAGCGUCAGGAAACUGGUUCUGUAUCAGUUCCACUUCUCCUUCUCUCCCCACCAGAAACAACCUCUAACCGUCGAUGUUUACAGCCAGACGUAGACCCAACAUCCCAUAAUACUCACGCUGAUGGAGGUGAGGAAGAGAGGAAGUGUCUCCUGGAUCCAGAAGAGAAACAUUUCCCUCUUCGCAGGAGCAGACCCGUCCUCUCCAGACGAUUCAGACCCGUCUCCUGGGAUAAAACUUCCCCUCCACUCGGAGACAAAGAAAACAUGACUUCAUCCAGCAUGGACUCCUCCCCUCAAGAGGACAGGAAGUCGACCUGCGCCAUAGGAGAGCAGGGAUUGGCUGAGGGGCAGAGGGGGCGGGGCCUAAUCAGCCGUGAUGCCCCUCCCUCAACAGGCCUCAGUAAAGAGAGGAGGAGCCGUGAUAUCCCAGAAUGCUCUGCAGAAAUCUUCAGGAGUUGUUGUGAUCUGGACAAGGAGAACGCUCACUUCGUGGUGGUGGACCUGAUGCUGGAGGUUCUGGAGGGAGUGAGGUGGACCAUGGACACACAGCAACACACACAUCCACACACACAGCAACACACAGACAGCAACACAGUGCCACAUGCACACGUCACACACACAUCUUAUAGAAAGACACACUCUGCUCAUACACACACACAAGAUGAAGUGGAAACAGGAAGUGAGGAAGUUCAUCAUCCUCCAAAAACCUUCUCCAUCCUCUCCACUGACAGCGGGUUCGAAGACGGUGGAGUGGACACCAUGCAGAGAGACUCCCUCAGAAAUGCGGUGGCGCUGGCCGAGCAGCUGGUGCUGGAGUUCAGACGCCACUUUCCUUCACAAGAGCUGCCAGGUCUCUGUGAGCUGCCUCUGACCAGCAGCUCUCUGGAGGAGGAGAUCAGAGAGAGGAGCAGGAGGAGAGGAGAUCUGAUCUGGAGGCCCCCUGAAGACAAGCUCAUUAUCACUGUGCAGCCCUCACUCAGACGCAGUGAGGUCGUGGCUCUGCAGCACUUCCUGUGUGCCGGCUGCGGGACAGAACUGGAGCACAGAUAUAUCAAGAAGCUGCGGUAUUGUGACUAUCUCGGCAGAUAUUUCUGUGAAUGUUGUCACGGCGGCUCGGAGGCUGUGAUUCCUGGAAGAGUUCUGACCUGCUGGGACUUCAACAGAUACCCAGUGAGUGAUUUCUCCAGACAGCUGCUGGACUCCCUGUGGUUUCAGCCGCUGUUCCACCUCCAGACUCUGAACAGCAGAGUGAAGGAGCUGGAGAGGUUCAGGGAGGUCCAGGAUCAGCUGAUGGACAUACAGAAGCUGCUGAACAACUGCAGGUUUUCCUCUCAGGUGACCUUCGAUCAGCUUCCUGCUCACCUGAUGCAGCGACGCCCCCUCUUCUCAUUGGACGACCUGCAGCGGCUGAAGAAGGGUCAGCUGGGGUCGCUUGCCAAAACGCUGCUGCACACCGCCCUAAAACACGUGGAGAGCUGUGAGUUGUGUCUGGCUCGAGGUUUUAUCUGUGAGUUCUGCAGAAAGAACGACGUCAUCUUUCCUUUCCAGAGAGAAACAUGCAGGCGCUGUGCAGUUUGCAGAGCGUGCUUCCACAAACACUGCUUCAUGGAGAAAAGGUGUCCGAAGUGUGAACGCAUCAAAUCACGGAGAAAACAUCCUGAUGGAUCCACGAAGUGACGUCUGAAAAACCUUUUAUGAUUAAGCACCAGAGAUGUUAAAGUACACACAUCCUUUACUCAAGUAGAAGUACAGGUACUCGUGUUUAAAAAUACUCUGGUGAAAGUAGAAGUACUGACUAAACUUCUUUACUCAAGUCAAAGUAAAGAGGGCUUUGAAAUGUACUUGAGUAAAAAGUACCCA